CACAAACUCAUCACAUAUUCCUUCCGCUACAAGACAGUGACCCAGCUACUCCUCAGCAUUGGGGUUCUGGUGCCCCUCUGUGGUGGUAUUGAGAAGAGUGUGGGCACUGUUCGGGGUCCUCAUGUUUCAGCUGCUCUCUAUCAGCACAGGGGUGUUGUACACCAUCCUGGGGCUGGUACUGUUUGGUGCAUCUUCCCAGAAUCAAGUGGAGGGGUUAGUUCCUGUAUCCCUCUCCCUUAUGGGUAUGGCCACAGUGCACUCCCGUAUGGUUAAGGGCUUUCUUUUUGGAGUCAGUGUAUCCAUGUUAGCCCUGCCCUGACUGUUUCUGCUCAUCGUAACACUUUUGGUCCCACAAACUGUCUUCCUCUGCAACGUCAUCAUUGCAGGGCAGGAUCUGUAUCCUUACUCCAACCUCAUUGUGGUUGAAAAUAACUGUGAUACACUCUGCAGUGUGUCACAGCUUUAAGUGUGCGUAGUAGUAUAGUUAAGUUGUAAUAUUUGUGUGUGUUGUAUAUGCUUGAAAUGUUUGUUGAGUCCUCAUGCUGAACAUUAUGGGAUGUUUGGUUAGGAAAAUCUUGCAUCACUGCGUCACACAUUCUCUUUAUCUUGCUCUGGUGAAACAGACGGAAAGGGCUGGCUCUCACUUCUAGACAUGUCUGAUGCUAGGGCAUCAGUGCUGGACAAGAAGAUGCCUUUCAGGCUGCUGAGGACCAUUGGUGUCCUGUAUGUCCCUGCAUCAACAGAGGAGAGAAGGAAGACGGUCCACCCACCGUGAGUACUGAGAAAGCACUAAACGCAUUAUUUAUCCUACAAGACAAGAGGUCAUUAAAUUAACAUGAUUUUUGGGUGCAAGCCAGAGAACAUGAUGUUCUACAGUAUAAUGAGGUGCAGUUUUAAUAGAGGAUCCUCAGCUGUAAUUGAAUACUGUACAAUAGACACCUAGUGGUCCCCCAUGAUUCAAUAGAGAAUCACUGUUUAGUUAGAUAAGCGCCCCUUAAUCUCUCCACAUUCUCAUUGGUUGCAGAAUCAUUCCAUCCCCAGGCUCCUACCCAGUCCACGCCCACGCUCCAGUUUCCUCCAAUCUACAGGCUACCGAGACCACACCAAAGACAUUUGA